AUGGGCUUGGUCGACUACAGUGAUGAUUCAAGCUCAAGUGGUGAGGAGCCAACACCGAAAGUAUUAGGUCGAAGCUUGAGACGAGAUUUCGAUGGGGAAAUCAAAUCUUUCGGCCGAGCAGUCGAAAUCAAGCCCCGCAGCAUCGUUCCCGGUGGUAAGCGAUUCGAGCAGGAACCCGAUCUGGCCGUUUUAGCGGCGUUGGCUGAUUCCGAACCGAGUCCCGUCAAAUAUAAUCUAAAACGCAAGUUCCAAGUAGAUCUUGCUCCCGAAGUCACCCCCCCAGAGCACAAAGAACCUACAAAACGGAUAGCUGAGCCGAUCGGUGACGAACCAGAUCAGGUUGUCCAUGCAGUUGGCGGCGGCCGGCAUCAACUCUCGAGUCUGAUUCGCAAUGCCGUGGAUAACAAGUCGGCGUUGGAAAGCCAGUUCACUAGAAACAAGCUUUCGAGACAGGCGCGGUUAAAAAAAUACGGGUUCUGA